CCAUCUUCACAGCUCCUCAUUGACUUCUUCACCAUUCCUUUUUUGAAGCUCUGUAUAUGCAUUCAUCUUUCUUCUCCUUCCCUCAAAGAUCACAACUUUACAUCAAAAUUCCCCAGAAUGUCACAAAACAGAAGCCUAUCUACAAUUGCAAGCAUCCCAAUUCUCCUCCUUUUCCUCACUGCCAAUUGCUUAGCCCAAAACAACAACAACAACAACUGCGCCUCCUCAUUUUGUGGCAACGUCAGAAUCAGCUACCCUUUCCGAUUAACAACCGCCCCCAAAUCCUGCGGCCACGACGGCCCCGGGUUCGAGCUCGAUUGCCGCAGCAAUCAGACAAUUUGGGCGCCGAAAUCAUCAUCGACGAGGUACAUUGUUCAAGACAUCAACUACGAAACCUACUUCAUUAGAGUAGCUGAUCCCGCCCUAAACCCCUCAAAUUUCUCAUCUUGCCCUGUUUAUUCCAACAAUUACGAUUCAUGGCCGGAUAUAUUCAGUGGCUUCUUCGAUUUCAACAUACCUGUGUCGUUUAUGUACUGUCUCUCUCCUGUGGAUUCCCCCAAUUAUGCUGAGGGGCCUUUCUGUGGGAAUAUGAGUGGGAUUUUCUCUAAUUCUUCGAGAAUUUAUAGUUAUCUUAUGUUGGGAGAGGAUGUUAAGGUGUCGGAUGUGGAGGAGGGGUGCUCGGUUUAUAGGGUUGUUUGGACUUCUGGGCUUAGGGGUGUGAGGGGGGGUGAUUCUUUGAAGGGGAUUUAUGAUGCUUUGGGGUAUGGGGUGGAGCUUUCGUGGUACCGUGCUCUCUGCGGGGAGUGUGAUAGGAGUGGCGGGUAUUGCGGCUUGCAGGGGAGUCGGAUCACUUGCAAACACUACUGCAUGGAGGAUACACCUAUCUCCGAGCUGAGUUUCAAAUGUAAAGUCAACUACUGGGGACUGAUUGUCGGGGUUUACGCGUUGAUUGCAUUUGGUGCACUUGUUGCUCUGAGAUUCGUGAUAGGAUUCCCGAUCCUGGUCGGGCUAGUGGUGCGCAGAUGGAGGAGACGGCAUCUAGCAAUGGACGAAACCAUCGAAGAAUUUUUGCAGGGUCAGAACAACCUCACCCCUAUAAAGUACACCUACUCCGAGAUCAAGAAGAUGACGAACAAUUUCAACCAGAGAUUGGGCGAAGGAGCCUACGGAACUGUGUACAAAGGGAAGCUUCGAAGUGGCCCGUACGUUGCAGUGAAGAUCAUGGGGCAGUCUAUGCCCAGCGAGCAAGAGUUCAUCAGUGAGGUCGGCACAAUAGGCCGGAUCCACCAUGUCAAUGUGGUGCAGCUUAUCGGCUUCUCGGUCGAGGGCUCCAAGUGCGCCUUGGUUUACGAGUAUCUGCCAAACGGCUCCCUGGACAGGUACAUUUUCAACCAGCAAGGUCUAGAGGUGACCGCGCUGAGGUACGAGAAGAUGUUUGAAAUCGCGCUCGGGGUGGCCCGUGGGAUUGACUACCUGCACCGUGGUUGCGAAAUGCAAAUCUUGCAUUUCGAUAUCAAGCCUCAUAAUAUUUUGCUUGACGACAAGUUCAACCCGAAGGUGUCUGAUUUCGGACUGGCGCAGCUGUACCCGAGCGAUGGCGGUAGUUUCGUGAACCUGUCGGCCGGGAGGGGCACGAUGGGGUAUAUGGCGCCGGAGAUGUUUUACAAGAACGUCGGGGGAGUCUCCUACAAGGCGGAUGUGUACAGUUUCGGGAUGUUGCUGAUGGAGAUGGCGGGGCGGAGGAAGAAUGUGAACCCCUUCGCGGAGGAGGAAGGGCAGAUUUACUUCCCGUCGUGGGUGUACGAGCAGCUUAGCAGUGGGAAGGAAGUCGAGGUGAAGGAUGCGACGGACGAGGAGAGGAGGAUGGUGAAGAAGAUGGUGAUCGUGGCG